CCCACCCCCGCGCCCCUUGGAUGCAGCCGCAUUGCAAGUUUUCCGCGCGGGGAAGGAAGAGCCGCUGCUGGGCAGCCGGUCGCAGGCGCAGCCCCCGAGGCCGCCGGGCGGGGCGCGCGCGGGGAGUACCAGCCCCGAGCAGCCGCAGCAACAGGGAGCUCGGCUCCCCUCCCGCACCUGGGCGGGCGGCUUCAGAGCCCUUCCCCGCGCGGGGACGGCCCAUCGCCCGCAACCCGGCGCCUCGGGGCUGUGGAAUUUCGAGGGGGGCUCCUCCUCCACGGGACGCCCCCACGCACCCCGCCCCGCACCCUCGGAUGCGCUGUCCCCGGCAGCUCUCUGCCCGCCCGCCGAGCUCUCACUGCAGCUCUCUCUCCUUCCAGAGCUGAUCGCCGCUCGGGAAUGCGGGAGUGAAGGGUCCGACUGCCGCCCAGCGGGAAGGAGUCCCCAGGACGCCGGAAACCACCAUCCCGGAGCUUUCAGGAGGGGAGAAGAGAGUGCACUCUUUAUUCAGUUGUGUGCCUUGCCAGAGAUUUUUUUUUAAAAAAUCAAAAAAAAAUUUUUUUUUUGAAAAGAAACAUUUCCGUGCCACUGUCUGUCAUCGUCCCUGGGAAAAUCAGCCAGGAGCAGCGGAACAUCCCUGAAACCAGACGGCCUAGGCAGGAGGCGUCCAGGCAGUGCCCGCAGCGUCAGGCGCCCGGGCCACCUUAGCACCGGGACGCGUCUCCGGAGGGGCCUGUGGGCCUGCGGCUCCCUCAAACUUUGGGGUCGGCGGGGCUGGCGAGGGGGCUUCAUAGAUCGAGGACAGCCCUCCAACCAUGAUGUUUCGCGACCAGGUCGGGGUGCUGGCGGGCUGGUUUAAGGGCUGGAACGAGUGCGAGCAGACUGUUGCGCUGCUGUCGCUGCUUAAGCGCGUGAGCCAGACCCAGGCCCGCUUCCUCCAGCUCUGCCUGGAGCACUCGCUCGCCGACUGCGCCGAGCUGCACGUCCUCGAAGGCGAGGCCAACAGCCCGGGAAUCAUUAACCAAUGGCAACAGGAAUCCAAGGAUAAAGUGAUUUCCCUGCUGUUAACUCACCUGCCUUUGCUGAAGCCAGGAAACCUCGACGCAAAAGUAGAGUAUAUGAAGCUGCUGCCCAAGAUCCUGGCACACUCCAUCGAGCACAACCAGCACAUCGAGGAGAGCAGGCAGCUGCUGUCCUACGCGCUGAUCCACCCGGCCACCUCGCUGGAAGAUCGCAGCGCCCUAGCCAUGUGGCUGAAUCAUCUGGAGGACCGCACGUCAACCAGCUUCGGUGGCCAGAACCGAAGCCGCUCAGACUCUGUGGAUUACGGGCAGUCACACUACUAUCACCAAAGACAGAACUCCGAUGACAAGCUCAAUGGGUGGCAAAACUCUCGGGAUUCUGGGAUUUGCAUCAACGCCUCCAACUGGCAGGACAAAAGCCUGGGGUGUGAGAAUGGCCACGUGCCUCUCUACUCCUCCUCCUCCGUCCCCACCACCAUCAACACGAUUGGAACCAGCACAAGUACAAUUCUCUCAGGCCAGGCACACCACAGCCCUUUGAAACGAUCUGUGUCCCUUACCCCACCCAUGAAUGUGCCAAACCAGCCUCUAGGACAUGGAUGGAUGUCUCAUGAGGACUUACGAGCUAGAGGACCCCAGUGCCUCCCCUCCGAUCAUGCCCCCCUGUCUCCACAAAGCAGUGUAGCCUCUUCAGGAAGUGGUGGGAGUGAACACUUAGAAGAUCAGACCACUGCUCGUAACACAUUCCAAGAAGAAGGUAGUGGUAUGAAAGAUGUGCCGGCCUGGUUGAAGAGCCUGCGCCUGCACAAGUAUGCCGCGCUGUUCUCGCAGAUGACCUACGAGGAGAUGAUGGCCCUCACCGAGUGCCAGCUGGAGGCUCAGAACGUUACCAAAGGCGCCAGACACAAAAUCGUCAUCAGUAUUCAGAAGCUCAAAGAAAGACAGAACCUCCUGAAAUCCUUGGAAAGGGACAUUAUUGAGGGGGGCAGCCUGCGCACCCCACUGCAGGAGCUGCACCAGAUGAUCCUGACCCCCAUCAAGGCCUACAGCCCACCGAGUGCCACCCCUGAGGCACGUCAUCGGGAGCCCUCAAUGCUGGGCCCCGAGAGCCCAAGCCCCGAUGGCAAGGACACGGCGGCCACCGUAGUCACCAGCACCUCAGCCAGCACCACAGCUGGGGCUAGCGGCGGGCUGCAGCCACACCAGCUGAGCAGCUGUGACGGGGAGCUUGCCGUAGCCCCCCUGCCAGAAGGGGACCUGCCCGGGCAGUUCACACGCGUCAUGGGGAAAGUGUGCACACAGCUCCUGGUCUCCAGACCUGACGAGGAAAAUAUAAGUUCCUACCUUCAGCUCAUAGACAAGUGUCUGCUCCACGAGGCGUUUACAGAGACACAGAAGAAAAGACUGUUGUCAUGGAAACAGCAGGUUCAGAAGCUCUUCCGGUCUUUCCCUCGGAAAACCCUGCUGGACAUAUCAGGAUAUCGACAGCAGAGAAACCGCGGCUUCAGCCAGUCCAACUCCCUGCCGACGGCUGGCUCUGUGGGCGGCGGCAUGGGCCGACGGAACCCGCGCCAGUACCAGAUCCCUUCCCGGAAUGUCCCCUCUGCCCGCCUGGGCCUUCUGGGCACCAGCGGAUUCGUCAGCUCCAACCCACGCCACACCGCCACCAACCCCACCAUCAUGAAACAAGGAAGACAGAACCUCUGGUUCGCCAACCCUGGCGGCAGCAACAGCAUGCCCAGCCGCACGCACAGCUCCGUGCAGAGGACCCGCUCGCUGCCCGUGCACACCUCGCCGCAGAACAUCCUGAUGUUCCAGCAGCCAGAAUUCCAGCUUCCUGUGACUGAACCUGACAUCAACAACAGGCUGGAGUCCCUGUGCCUCAGUAUGACCGAGCAUGCCCUGGGAGACGGGGUUGACCGGACCUCCACAAUCUAGAAGCUGAAGAUGAGAGGGACCGCGCUGGCCGUGAACUCAACUUCAGGGUUGCACAGAAUCCUCCAAGAUACUCUGCAGCCUUUUCCCCCUGGUCCCUCGCCCAUUUUGAUUUUGUGAGAGUGUAGGUCAUCCUUGUAAACAUAUCAGUAGACCUGGGAUCGGUUACCUUGUCAUUUGUUUCUGUAUGGGAUGGUUUGGUGUGCGGGGUGGGGAGGGGGGUCUCGGGAAAUGUGGGACUUGGAGGGAUGCAAGUGGCUUCCUAGAUGUACAUGGGGAGAGGGGAGGGUACUGCCAUGAAAGAGACGAGAGCCGGACAGGAAGGAGGCAGAAGGCCCGGCCUGGGGAGCCUUCUCAGAGGACCUGGCUUCAUAGUCAGGCCGCAGGAGGAGAGGAUACAUGUGACCAAAGCGGGGUGGCGGCUCGUCUGUGUGUCUCCCCUGAUGACCGGAUUCCCCUGAGCACCCUGCUGGAAACAGCUGCACAAGAGGGCCGUCUGGCAAGAGGCGGCAAGAAAGAAGAAAUUCCCUCCAGCAAAAUUUCAGAUAGACUUUGAUUUGUGUAUUGUUUACAUAAGAAUUUUAAAGGGUACAUAAUGUGUCGCAAAGAGUUUGGGUAGAACUUCUCUUCAUACUAUGGGUUUUUUUGUAAAGGAUUUAUGGUUAUGGAAUUUUUUUCCCCGCUAUUUUUAUAAUAGCAGCAGGGUUGUCUUUUAAAAACAGCUGCCAAGCUCUGCUGCUUGGGAAGACGGAUGUGGUCCCCGCAGGCCUGAGUUGUUACCUGUAACCAUUAGGGAGCGGAGCAUGUGGGUGCCGGUGACCAGUCUCAGAUCUGCUCAACGGUCACCCAGGUUCUAAACACCCUGCAGCCUCUUUCUGGGCUGGAUUUGCUGUUCAUCUAAAGACCUCUCUCGGUCCACCCCGCCAUGGGCUUCAGACUCGCAUCCUGGACCUCACCCACAACACACAGGAGGUGCAUGUUCCGCUGCUUUUCCCCUGCCAGAGGCCGAGACCUGGAGAAAGCGCCCUGAAUGUCUGCAGUGGGGUCGGGAGUAGGAACUGGAGUCUGAGGCUGUUGAGGAUGAAGAGGAGAGAGAUGCCCAGCAACAGUGUCAAAAAGAAGGUCAGCCAGCAAGUGUCAGAGAGCAGUGCAGGGAGACUGGGCCUCGAGGUCCAGCGGCACCGCGCCAGCCCGGCUAGGAGAGCAGGAGGAGCAGGAAAGGUGAACCUGGUGACUAUGCGACCGUUCCAUUCAGACCGAGGGAGUCAGAGUUGCCGUGUCACUGGCUGGUUCAUCCAUCCUCACUCAUUCCGCGGCGGGAGGUUAACAACACACGGUGGUCCCUCUGUUUCUUAAGGACAAGGAAGGCUGCGCGGCGGAAUUUGAGCAGUGAAGGGAAUUAGAGGAAAUCAAACAGGAGUUGUUUUCUGCACUGGGAAAUUGGGUUGUGUAAGUGGCGGUGUGCACACUCAGCCCAGAGGCGAGACCAGGGAGCUGCAGAAGGCCUGCUUAUUAAAUGAGUGAAAUCGGUACUUUUGUUUUUUGUUUUUUAAAGAGAAGUCAAAGUCAGAAUCAAAGAGAUAAGACCAUGGAAAUGACUGUACUUGCUUAUGGUUGUUUAAAAAGUGACGUGCACAUAGAUUUAAAAGGCCUUAAUAAAAUCCAAACAACUUUCUUUUUAUCAAGAUCAAACAUGUACACCCAGCCCGGCCUCGGAGGCCGUGGCAAGAGUUCUGAAGGCCUUUUGUCGUCCCAAAAGUGAGAGCACCGUGAGCAGAGAGCGCCUCUCCUGAGCCCCAGAAGUGGGGCCCAUAAUCACGUGCAGUGCAGUGGAAAAAACAAAAGCAAAAGCUUCCGACCUACAUGGGUGUCGAAGUCCAAAAGAUGGGAAUCUGCGUGCAGAAGGAGGCAGCGUGUUUUUAGUUGAUCUUUUUUUUUAACCAAGUGCCAUUAACAUCUGCCCCGCCUAUUCCUGGGCUACGAGGUAAGGUUAGGAAUGCGCAGGGCGGACAAUCACAGGGAAGGCAGAGAGAGCAGGGCACGGCCAGAGGGUUUGAGGAUGUGUUUGGGGGAUGCUGAGGAUGUUGAGGAAGAGGAGCGGAAACGGUGAUUUCACACAUCGUCUUGGGAGUGAGAAGAAAGCAUUUGGAUCUGCGGCAGAGCCCGGGUAUGCGUCUACAGACUCGUUCAGAAAACAGAUUGUGAAUGCAAUCACGUUAGCAUGAAUCCUUUAAAAGGAAGAAGACCUUAAAGUAUUUGCAAAUCUGAAUUUCUAUUUAUUCCUUCACUGAAUAUAGAAACAAUGGUUAUCUGAUUAUUAGAGAUAUUAUUUUGGAUAUGUUACUUAUUAACUUGCUAUGGCUGGUAACCAUGAUUAAAAAAAAGUGUUAUUGAUAACAACAUAAUUCUUUUUUUAAAAAAAGAAAAGAAAAGCUUAUUUUUCAUUGACUAUGUAUAGAUUUAUCUACUUAGUUGUGUUUUAGUGUUUUAGUUGUUUUUUUUCUUUUUUAAAUGGAGUGUGCUGAUGAAUUCUAGGAGCCCGUCCCUACCUUGAGUCCUGUGUUGACUGCAGGUAUACAGCUCAGUUUAAAAAUCCUCAAGCAAAAAGAAUUUUAUUUAUAAGAGAAUCCAACCAUUGCAUGCCUAAGGCUGUAAAGUCGGAUAUUUAGUAACAAAGCGGCAGUGCCUUUUUUUGUAUUUACCCAUUGACCCACCCAUGCAACUGUUUUAUAUUAAGUAAAUAGUACACAAUUUAAAAAAUCUCAGAGUAAAGUCUAUUUCACUACACGGAUUUCCCCCACCCCCGUUCUGGUUUAAGCAGUGUGUGCCGGCAUCUCUAUGCCGUCCCAGGGACGGCGGCGUAAACGAUAUUGUUACCAUGUAUGAUGUUUUAUUGGUGCUUUUUACUCAUAGUGGUUUCUUACCAGACGCAGUAGGAAGAAACACAUGAACUGUGUACAGGACAUGAAACAUGCUGCUGAUAUGUUUUUUCCACUUGCUUCUUGAGUUUGACUUUUUCAGCCAGAGCCAGUGAGCCGAGGAGACCCUGCUGGGUCUGCCUGCCGAGGGGGCUGUUGGCUCCGAGCUCCUGAAUCCUAGGGAUUGAGGGUCCGCUUCUUGAGAGUUGGGGUCGGAGCUGCAGCUGGGCCCACCUCCCAUUUUGAAGCGACACUGAGGGAAACCAGAUUUUUCCUUUUGAGGUGUCGCUGGCUGCCUGCCUUUUACACAAUGGGAGGCUUCUCUCCAGGCCUUUGUUCUGCGCCUCUUAUGGCUUUGGCAGGGACAAGGUUUGCAGAUUCACACCCCCCCCCACCCCCAGAAGCUGGGCUGAGGCUGAGCGGGGCUCUAGAGGGGCUGCCACAGAAGGGCAGCCGGGGGACAUGCAGGCCCCCACCCGCCCACUCCCGCUCGGUGCCCUGUUAACAAGCAUCACCCGCAGGAGGCUCAUUUGCACACGGAGCUGUGAUAACACUAACUGUUGUGCUCCCUUUCUUUCUUUUUUACAAGUCAUCAGAGAUGUUUGCAAAGUGAGUUUUAUUUUUGUGUAAUCCCUUUAUCUUUACUUAAAGGUGAAUGUUGUAUUCCUCUGGGAGGAAUAGGAAGAAAACAGGAAUGUUAAUAAUGUCAAACAGAAGACUUCCUCCCUCAUUAAUAUAUAACCCUCAUGUAUUUAUGCCUAAUGUAAGCUGACUUUUAAAAAGCUUUCUUUUGUUGCAUGCCCCGUGCAGGCAUCUGUAUUGUAUAUGCAUGCAUUUUUGUCCUGUUUUCCUGUAUAAAGUUAGUGAACAAAGAAAUAUUUUUGCCUAGUUCAUGUUGCCAAGCAAUGCAUAUUUUUAAAAUUUGUCAUAUAUGGAAAAAGCAUGUUUGUUACAUGUAAAAGCUUUACUGAUAUACAGAUAUACUAAUGUUUGAAGAUGCUGUUCUUUGCAAGUGUACAGUUUUCAGAUGUUACCAGUGAAACACCCUUGUGGUUUAAACUUGCUACAAUGUAUUUAUUACUCAUUUCCUCCCAUGUAACUAAGAAUCAUGGCUAUAUUUCAUAUCAACGUUAUAUUGAAAGUGAAGGGAAAUGAUUAAUACAAGAUUUUGUAACA